ACUGGGGUGAUAUACACCGCUGAUAUUGGUGUUGGGAGUCCAGCAACGUACUACACACUCUCCGUAGACACCGGAAGCUCAAAUACCUGGAUUGGAGCCAACAAAGCUUACGAAAAGACUGCCACAAGCCAGGACACAGGCAAUACAUUCAAAUAUGCUUCUGGAGAGGAAUAUAUAGACACCGUAACGCUCAAUUCUGAUCUGGUUAUCGACAACCAAUCUAUUGGCGUUGCAUCUAGCACCUCUAUAGGUGACGGUGUCGAUGGACUUCUUGGCGUCGGACCAGUCGGUUUAACGCAGGGCACCGUCAGUAAUACAGACGAAGUUGCAACUGUGACGCAAAAUCUCUAUACGCAAGGAACGAUUGGUUCGGAAGUACUCGGAGUGUUCUUCGCACCUGCUUCCUCCGAUGAUAGCAGUGGCGAGCUCACAUUCGGCGGUUAUGAUGCCUCCAAAAUUACCGGAGACGUCAGCUACGUGCCGAUCACAUCGACAUCUCCAGCGAGUACAUAUUGGGGCAUUGAUCAAUCCAUCAGCUAUGGAGAUACGCCCAUUUUAGAUGAGACAGCUGGUAUCGUCGAUACCGGAAGCACCCUGAUUCUCAUUGCCACUGAUGCCUUCAACAAAUAUCAGUCUGCCACGGGGGCGACCUUCAAUGAGGAUGUUGGCUUGUUACAAAUCUCAUCCGACCAGUACGACCAGCUCUUAUCCUUGUAUUUCACUAUUGGUGAGGUUACUUAUGAGCUCACCCCGAAUGCGCAAAUCUGGCCUCGGUCGUUGAACACCGCCGUUGGCGGUGAUGCCAACAGCAUAUACCUGGUCAUCGCUGACAUUGGGAGCCCCAGUGGUUCUGGCGAGGAUUUCACGAACGGCUACUGUUUCCUCCAGCGGUUUUACUCGGUGUACGACACGACAAACUCCCAAGUCGGGUUCGCCACCACUAAGUACACCUACGCUACAACAAAUUAAAUUCCUCUUCCUGCGCGAUCACCGUUCUAUUCGUAUCAGCUUAUAUACCCAACGUACCUUACUUGAAUUGUGUUUAGUGUGCAUCGGUCCAUGAUUGAGAGCAGGCAAUGGGACAUCUAUGGAACGAACUUUGAAGAACUUGGCACUGACGGGACUCAAUAUCUCUGUGGAGCGCGCGAAGAUAGAAUUUUGACUCCAAAGUGAUCAAGGCUCCGAGUUGUAACAGAACUAAAAUGAACAAGUGUAGAGCGUUACGUAAAUAAUGUU